UGCCGUUGAGACCCUGACUGUGUCGGGGUCGCUUUAUUCGAAAUCGGCGUCUUUCUUAGACCACCAUACGACUGGUUCGUUUUAUUUCUACACCGGCUCGACUUGCUUCGGCUUGACGGACGAAUCUACUACCUACAACUACUAUCGCCAAGGCCGGCGGACAGUGAGGUCACCGGGAUGAGCACAUCGGACAUGGCUUCAGCGCCGUCGUCAUCAAAGAUGAUGAUCAUUUCAGAGAUCGGCGCACAACACCACGCGGAACUCCGACGGCUGUUUGACGAGCCGCCCAGCGCUGAGACCACACGAGCCAGAGACACAAGAGCGCGGCGGAGAGUACCAAGAGGACGACCUGCCUCAUCACUCUUCUCGAAUCGCUGGCGAUCGGCGCCCGAGUCCAAGUCACUGAAGCGCAAGGUCAAGAGCGCUGCAACGGCAACGGCGCUGGCCAUCUAUGUGCAGGUGGAAAGUGUCGUUGUCGAAGCCGCCACCACUCUCCCGCAUCACCAGCAACAACAAGCAUGGCUUUCACCGUCGUCUAUCGACAGGCGCGACGAUGCAGCCCCAUCUCCGUCGAGCUCGAGCACCUCCAACAGCAAUUUGUCCAUCAAGCACAACAUUCCACUUCAGCUCGUCGUCGUCGUCUUCUCCGUCGUGCUCUUUGCCAUGUUCGUUGGCUCGCUCGCCUGGCUAUGUCGACGCGGGAGCUGCGGUGGGAAAGACCGUCGAAAGGCAAAGAGUUGGAGUCCCACCGGAAACAGGGGUGUCUUUGCAACGGAAUCGGCUUCCGCCAGUGAUUCAUCUUCGAUCUUGUCGGCGGCGGAAAAACGGCGAAGCAAGAUCAACGAGUCCAAGGAUCUCUACAGUCCCUUGCCGAAACUAAAGAAGGACCGGUCCCAGAGACAAAGCCGCACAGAAAGAGAUCUGGCAAAAGACAGCGAUGUCUUGGGAGGAGACAAGCUGGCGCACAUGCCCGAGCUGCCAUUGACUUUCCGACAUGCAGACCAAGUCGUCGGGGCGGCCAUGAUCGAGAGACCCGCACCAACGUUUCAGCAGGCAGAAAAGGGCGCGCGAGGUUGGCAGCUUUACGAUAGCCCAGUCCCUGUUCUGCAAGGUGAGGGCAAGGAUAAUCAGGACGUUGAGGCGGCUGGCUUGCCUCCCGCUAGGAGACCGACAUUUGUUCAGCGGCUUCUCCAGCACCGCUCUGGCAGCCUCGCUGAGUUUCCCGCUGGCAUUGACGACGUCGACGCUCCGGCAACACCAGCAGAGAUGGACUCGGUCAACAGACGACGUGGCCAGCAGAACUCGUCGAGCAGUGGCAGCGUUCUACUCUCGGUCCUUUCGGGCUCUCUACACGUCUUGCCUACCUCUCUGCGGAAUGUGGCAAGCCGGAGCAACACAGCGUCGAGGCUAAAUGCUACAAAGGCAGCCGCAACCCGAAGCAAUGGCAACGACUGCAACUCGGAUUUCGAGGGCACCAUUGGAGGCAGGGACCGCGAUCUUCCCAUGGCUAAACGGAUCGGACCCAAGGAGCCGAGAAGGAUGUUGCUAUGUGAUGCGACGAGCAUCGAAGAGACGCGCCCAGCUCCGCCUGUGCACCUGGCCUACGGGCCGGGACCGUUGGCCACACCGGCUGCAGCCAUGUUCAUGGGCACGCCGAAAACGCCAGGGCUGGCAGGUGUUGGGUCCGUUUGGCACCGACAGCGCCAUGAACAGCGGGAGGAGCCAAUGUCGUUUCAGGGAGGGGGUGUUCCUGGAUCCGAGGGACCAAGAGCGCCUACUUUGGCUGAGCUCAAGCGUCAACAGGCACUCUUCGAGCAGGGCCGAGCUUUGCAAUUCGGAGGCCUGCAAGUGGAGCAAGGGCAAGGUGGUGGAGGUAUCCAACGCUGGGUACAAAUGGCCAGCACCAUGGCGGAGCCUUUGUCUCCUCCCGUGCUCAGCCGCCAUGGCUCAAUCGCUUCGACAUUCCUCUACUCUGUUGCGAAUGAAGCCAGCAAGGAGCAGCACAAAGUCAGUUCGAGAAAACUCCUGGAUGGUGUCGUCCAACAGCAACAGGAGGAAGAGCUGCAGCAACGGCAGAGCAACGUUGAGAGGGUGCCGAGCAUCCGACCGCAUUUCAUUGCAACAACGACGCUUCAGAGCUGGCUGACUCAAGGUCAAGCUGUGGAACAGGACGAUAUUCAAGAGGAGGACGAAGGAGGCAUGAGCUCUAUUCUAGACCAGUACCUCGACGACGAUCAGUCAGCCGUGAAGGAGGGAGGCAAAAAAACAAGGACAAGAAACCUGUGGGAGAAGGAAUCCCUUUCUUCCUCUUCUCUUAGGAGUCGGUCGACGGUCCGGGGGCAAGAGAGUAGCAACAGCCAUCCACCUUCGUACCGCACUCGCGAGAACGACUCCUCCUCUUUCACCCUUUCGUCUGCAGAGACCUCUGCAGCAGUGGAAGCUUCAAGAGCCGAAGUAUCGAGACCCGAGAGGGCCCAGAUCGAUAAGCUUGAGGGCCGAAGGAUCAAAGAACCGCGUCGGCGGAGUACCAACCAAGCUGCGGCAGCCGCAAUGCCAACGUACGAAGAAGCCACCGGGAUGGUCGCCAUGGCCAAUGCCCCUAGCGAGAAAGAUCGGUACGAGGAAGCUCGAAAGCAAGAGAGGCGUGCAGCCAGAAAGCGCGAACGGGCAGGCUGGACAAAGGAAGAGGAAGAGCGAGAGCAAGAAAGGAGAGAUCUCGAGAGGCGGAUCAAAGACAAGAAGCGGCAGGAAAAGCGAAAAAGAAGGCGGGCGAGGAGAAUGUUGGCUGAACAGGAGCAGCAGGCGCAACAGGAGCAGGAGCUUGCCGCUUCUCGGCCCAAGAAGAAGACAAGCAUCGAGGAGCUGGACAACCUGGCCAGUCGCAAUGCGCCCUGCUUGAGUCCGCCGGAAUCUCCGCUGACAAGCGCUUCGGAGAGCAAUGCGAGACAGGAAAGGAGGAUAUGUUCCGCCAGCACCGCCAAGGAAUUCCUCGUGGAGAAGAAGAGGAAACAGGUGACACCCAAAGACAGGACUCAGCAACGCCGUCGUCAGAGCGGUGCGGUCUGAUAUCGCACACGCUCUUUUUCCUCCUAGCAAGCGUCGAAAGCCGUAAACGGAGGUAGCAGUAGUGUUAGUAAUAGUA